AUGGGCAUGUUGGUAGAGUGUGGGAAACUCAAGUGUGAUAAACCUGCGAAGGAGCUUUGGGAUGACUUUCAUGUCAAAGAUCCCACUAUCACAAAGCACACCACCAUGAUCGAUCUGCUGGGCCAUCGGUCAGGUUUGGAACGUCUCCGCGCAGCCGUCCUUUCCGAGGAGGGUUUCGGCUACAACGAUUGGGGCUACGAGAUUGCAGACCGGAUCCUGGAGACUUUGGAAGGAGCUUGCUUCCUCCAGCAACUUCGAAUUUCUCAAGAGCCGCUCGCUUGA